AUGGAGGGACUCAGCACGCUCAGCUCCUCCGAGCAGAGGAAGCAUCCUGUGACCGUUGUCUAUCUCGCUACUACAAGUCCUGUGCUUGGAUGCCUUCUACAGUGUCUGAGUCCAACCCAGUCAAUCUCUUCUUCCUUAAUACUAAUCCGGGCCCAUCUAUACAAGAUGCGUGCCAUCGCAUUCAUCUCAGCACUUCUUGCGCUUCCCGCGGCUUUCGCUUCCCCUAUCGAUUUCGAGCUUGAGUCUCGUGCCACUUGCAAGGAUAGCGAUAUCAAGGCCGUCAGAAGCACUGUCAAGACCAAUACUGCCUUCUUCUGCGAGUACUACAACCUCGUUGGUGGAACAUCACCUAUCGCUACUCUCAACUCAAAGGACCUUGCUAGUGCAUGCAAGUGUAUCACUGCCACCUCUAGUGUCAAGAAGAUACCCAAGAAGGAAUCUGUUGUAAAGGGCAGCUCGACAAAGUGUGAUGCGGCCGACCUCAAGGUCGUCAAGGCUCAAUUCUCCAAUCCCAAAGCAUUCUGUGCCGCCUAUGGCAAGAACAACUAUUCCGCCGUCAUUGGUCUCACCAAUCAAGAGCUUUACGAUGCCUGUCAGUGCGUCUUAGGCAAGCUGUCUACCACCGUCAGCAAAGCGCCUACCUCGACUUCCAAGAAGGUGACAUCGUCGGCAAAGACUUCGACCAAGCAAGCCAGCUCCUCGACUAAGAAAUCAAGUUCCUCGACCAAGAUUGUGAGCAGCUCUUCCACAAAGAAAGUCAGCUCCUCAAUCCGAAUCUCAUCAACUGCCAAGCCAGUUUCGAAAUCCUCGUCUUCUUCUAAACCGGUCUCGAAGCCCUCAUCGUCUAAACCGAUCUCGAAGUCCUCAUCAAAGAGCUCCUCUUCGGUCAAGGUCAGCAGUAGCUCUACUAAGCCCAUCUCAAAGACGUCGUCGAAACUUUCCUCCUCGAGCAAAGCUGCAAGCAGUUCAGUCAAGCCUGUUUCCAAGACCUCGUCAAGCAGUCUGAGCAAAUCUGCUUCAAAGUCAUCAUCGAGGGUUUCGUCUUCUGUCAAGACAAGCAGCAGUUCUGCGAAGCCCGUUGUUACUUCCUCCUCCUCGAAGAGCAGCAGCAGUUCGUCCAAACCUGCCGUGUCGUCCUCGAAGGUUAGCAGUAGCUCGUCAAAGCCUGUCGUUUCCUCAUCGAAGAUCAGCAGUAGCUCGUCGAAACCUGUUAUUGCUUCGUCAUCCAAGAUUAGCAGCAGUUCUUCUAAGCCUGUGGUGUCUUCUUCAAAGGUCAGCAGCAGAUCAUCAAGCUCUGUGAUAUCAUCCUCCAGCAAGGUCAGCAGCAGCUCGUCAAGAUCUGUUGUUGUCUCGUCCUCGAAGCCCAGCAGCAGCUCUUCUGUGCCUGUAUCAUCUUCGAAGAGCAGCAGCAGCUCUUCUGUACCUGGAUCAUCGUCCAAGAGCAGCAGUAGCUCCUUACAGCCGGCUGGCUCUGCAUCCUCGAAGAUUAGCAGCAGCUUUUCUCAGUCUUCUAGCAGUAGUAGCUCCUCUUCGCAGGCUACUGUCUUAAGCUCCCUGUCUUCCAGCGCCGUCGUUUCAAGCUCGUCGUCCCCAUCAAUUGCCUCCUCAGUGGUCACAAGCCAGAGCAGCACUAUUUCUCCAUCAGAAACUGGUGCUCCCAGCUCAAGCUCGACAACUGACGCUCAGUUCACAACGAUCGAGAGUACGUCCAGCGCUGUUGAAACCGAUGCCACGAGUACGGACGCUUCAAGCACUAUCGACUCUGGUGCAAGCCCUACAAGCUCCUCUGGCGACUCGGAGACAACCAGCAGCUCAACAGUCGAGAGCGAGGCCACAAGUACCUCCUCUGAUGCCGAGAGUACUUCUGCUAGUGAGGCACAGACUACGAUAUCCUCUUCUGAGUCAGCGACCACAAGCACCGCUACCGAUGCUGGAAUCACUUCAUCGAGCUCUUCCGAGGCACCCCAAGUCACUUCUACCUCUGUCGAGGCUGAUCCGGCUACGAGCGCCUCUUAUUCUUCUUCUUCUUCAGCAUCCACAACGACUCCCGCAGCUGGACCCGAAUACUCCGACGGUGCUAUGCCAGAAGUCCAAGGCGCUACGUUCUAUGUGCAGAAGGAUAAAACCUAUCAGGGCACAGUCUUGACUCUAGUCAAGAGAAACACCAACUAUAUCGGUAGAAUUUUUGCCCGCGCUAGAAUGCUUCGUGCGAGAGAUGGCGGCUCCAGUAUGGAUGACUGUCUCGAUGCUUGUGCUGCUAGCUCUCAGUGUGUUGGUACCUCCUUUACGGCGAGCGCUUCGGAAUGUGUAUACUUCAGCGCUAUCUCUGGCCGUGCGGUAGUUACUCGCGGUACUGACUUUGCAACGGUCCUCGCUCGCGACGUCUCUACCACGAGCUCAAGCACUGUAUCUGGAAGUACAAGCACGGAAGCUUCAAGCACGGAAGCUACGAGCUCUGCUGAUGUGACUAGCUCUACUUCCGACGUAGACAUGGCCACAAGCACCGCCACUGGAUCCGGAGCGUCCUCAUUCUCUUCUGAUGCUGAUACCACGGUUACAAGCUCUUUAAUCGAGAGCACAACCACCAGCUCGGCUGUCAAGAGCGAGGCUACAAGCACAGUACCCAGUGCUGAGACCACAAUCUCAAGCUCGUCUGUUGAUGCUGACAGCACAGCGACCAGUUCGUCUCUGGAACCCAAGAGUACCACCUCCUCUAUUGAUUCUGAUGCUACGACCACGAGUUCAGUGGCUGAGACCCAGACUGCAAGUACCGUCUCAAGUGCCGAGAGUACCUCGUCUGGUGAUGCUGAUAUCACCAGCACUAGCUCAUCCAGCGAGCCUGAGAUCACGGUUUCCAGCUCCUCUUUUGAUUCUGACGUUGCUACAAGCACAACUUCUGAUGCCGAGACCACAACCACAAGCUCCCUUGUUGAAAGUGCCACUGACUCGAGCUCAUCUGUCUCUUCGUCUUUCGCUCAGCCUGAAGCCAGUUCAUUUUCUGCGGAACCCGAGCCCACUCCAUCGUCUACUCAAGCUAGUGCUACCCCAUCCAGUGAUCCGGAAGCUACAAGCUCAAGCUCGUCUACUGGAGUCAGCGCUACGCCAUCUCCUGUCGAUGCUGAAGUAACGUUCACGAGUUCGUCUGUUGAGCAGAGUGCCACGGCAUCAAGCUCGUCCGCUGAGCCUGAAGUCACCUCGUCUCCUGUAGAUGCUGGAUUCAAAUCUACAACCUCCUCUAUUGAUGUCGAGACUUCCACAAGCUCAACUGUCGAGUCUCAGAGUACCUCAUCCUCGGUUGAUGCCGCUAGCUCGACGGGAGAUCUCUCAGCGACUCCAACCGCCUCCGGAAUGGCAUCGUCCUCCAUCGUACCAGAGAGUACUACAGUCUCGAGCUCAUCCGUGGAGCCUGAAUACACGAGCAGUACCUCUUCCACUGAGCCAGAGAGUACCACGCUUUCGAGUUCUUCUGAUGCUGCUGAAGCCACAACUUCGAGCGCCAAUGAAUCUGAUAGUACCCCGUCUUCUACUCAAGCUAGCGAGCCUUCAGUUACUCCAAGCGCCUUGGAAACCACGGCAUCUUCCAUCCAGAGUACGACAUCUGCGACAGCGGACUCCUCCUCAAGCCCUUCAGAAACUCAGUCCUCUUCGACCACGGAGUCAUCUUCGACUGAGAUCGCGACUUCCUCUCAGAUCGAAAGCGUGGGUUCUUCAAGCGCCGAGAUUUCGUCGACCGCAACUGAAACGGAUGCUUCUUCAAGCACGUACGUUCGUACUGAGAUCUCUUCGUCCCAGUCUUCAGCUAGCGAGACUGCUACAUCAUCUGUCACCGAAAUUUCCUCGACUCAGUCUUCGUCUACUGAAAGUGUAAGCUUCUCAUCUAAUUCCUCGACGUUCGAACCAGCAACCUCGACCGAGUCUGUCAACACCUCUACAUCCCAAACUUCGACGGCUGAGGCCGAGUCAGCCACGGCAAGCGCUUCUGCAGGGUCUGCUUCUACCGGAAGUGACGUUCCCAGUAGUCCUUCAUCGACGAACGAUGUUUCUUCCACUAUCGAUUCAUCGUCGGUGUCAGCGAGCCCAGCGCCUACUCCAUUCUCGUCUAGUGCUUCAACAACUGACUCCACAGCAAGUGACGUCCCGUCCAGCAGCACGGAUCCAUCUGCAGCCGAGAGCGCGACUCCUUCAAGCACAGAUUCAUCUUCGAGCGACUCGGCGUCAGCACUAAGCACGUCGUCACCGUCAUCUGCUGAGGCCUCAUCGACUGAAAGUGCGAUGUCAUCGAGCACAGAUUCAUCCUCGACUGAAUCGGCACAAGUAACGAGCACGUCUUCAUCGAUAGAUUCGUCUCCCACCGAUAUUACAUCGACAUCGGCAACACAGAGCGCUACGUCUUCGAGCACAGAUUCAUCUUCCGCUGAUGUGUCGGCAUCUGCCACCGAGAGCUUUACAUCGUCAUCGACAGACUCAUCUUCAACAGAUUCGGCGUCUGCAACUCAGAGCGCUACACUUUCAAGCACAGAUUCGUCAUCGACUGAAUCAGCCUUGGUAACGAGCACGUCUUCGACUGGUUCGGCAUCCGCAACGAGCAUGUCUUCUGCUGAUAUCCUUUCCACUGAGAGCGCUACAUUUUCUGGCACGGAUGCGUCUUUAACCGAGUCGGCAUCGCACACGAGUACUGCUGACGUCUCUUCAACUGAGAGCUCGACACCUUCCAGCAGUGAUUCCUUGACCGCUUCUAGUACUGGGGUACCCUCAGACUCGUCGUCAACUGUCUCGGCCACUUCCACUCCCGAUGCCUCUUUGACAACCGACUCCUCUUCGAGUGAAACCGCUAGCAUCAGUAGUACAGAAGGAUCUUCGACCGGCUCCUCUUCGAUCACUGUCGCAACUCCUGCUUCUACUCCUUCGUCAGUCAGUGCGUCUUCGACUGAUGCAUCCACAAGUGCGACAGCGACAGAGACUUCUUCGUCGGAGUCUGCAACUUCUACAAGCAGUGACACGUCAACCGCUCAAUCAUCGACUACGGAGCGCGUCAGUUCAUCGAGCAGUGACGUGUCUUCGUCGUCUGAGGUCGAAGCGUCGAGUACUCAGUCUUCAUCAAUUGAGACCAUCGCAUCGUCCACAGAGAGCGCCACUCCUGCCAGCAACGACGCAUCGAGCACUCCAUCAUCGUUCACAGAGUCCGCAACACCGAGCAGUGAAGUGUCGACUGUUCAAUCAUCUCCCACAGAGAGCAGCACUUCAUCAAGUAGUGAUGUAUCGAGCACUCAGUCGUCGUCGACCACCGAUAAUGCCACUGCUACGAGUAGUGAUGUAUCCUCGACUGGAUCUUCGUCAUCGGACAACAUGACUUCUACAAGCAGUGACGCGUCUUCCACAGUGAGCGUGGCCACUACAAGCAGUGAUGUAUCCUCGUCUGACACUGCGUCCCCUACGACCAGUGGUGUAUCGUCCACCGAGAGCGCUACUCCCGUGAGCAAUGAUGCAUCAACCACCCAAUCAUCAUCCACAGAGUUCUCAAGCACCCAGUCGGCUUCCACGGAGAGCGCCACCCCCUCGACCAGUGAUACUGCCUUGUCUGGAUCAUCAUCAUCAUCCGAGGCUGCAAGUCCUACGAGCAGUGAUGCGCCAUUCACGGCGAGUGCGACAUCCUCAAGCGACGGAGUAUCUUCUGGAUCAUCGUCGACACAAAGCGCCGCCCCCACUGCUACUGAUGUAUCGAGCACCGAAUCAUCCACAGAAAGUCCCACACCCACAAGCAGUGGUAUAUCCUCGUCUUCUUCGUCGUCUGAGUCAGCAACGACUACCAGCAGUGACACUUCGUCCACUGCCACUCCUGCAGACAACGAUGCGUCCAGCACCCAGUCGACUUCUCUAGAAAGUGCUACUCUCUCGAGCAGCGUGGUAUCGUCCACAGCAAGCCCCACAUCCACAGAGAGUGACACUUCGAGCAUCCAGUCGUCGUCAUCGCCUACGGAAAGCACCACUUCCUCGAGCAGUGAUGCAUCAUCCACAGCCACCCCAGCAAGUAAUGAUGCUUCAAGCACUCAGUCUUUGUCUUCUUCUUCAUCAUCUGAGUUCGUCACUCCCACAGAUACAUCGACCACAACGAGCGCCACUCCCGCAAACAGUGAAGUAUCUUCCAGCUCAUCAAUCACGGAAAGUGCCACUACUACUAGCAGCAAUGCUUCCUCGUCUUCUCUGUCUACAAUUACCAGCAGUGAUGUAUCGACAACCUCUUCGUCGUUGACAGAAAGUGCUACUCCCUCGAGCAGUGAUGUAUCAUCUACUGCCACUCCUGCAAGCAAUGACGCAUCAAGCGCUCAGUCUUCGUCGACAGAGAGUGCCACUACUAGCAGCAGUGAGACAUCCUCGUCCUCGUCGUCGUCCGAGUCUGCAACAUCUACCAGUAGCGAUGUGUCGUCUAUAGCAACCCCUGCAAGCAACGAUGCAUCGAACACUCAGUCCUCGUCCGGAACCGCCACUAUCACAAGCAGUGAUACAUCGUCGUCACCCACGUCAUCUGAGCCUGCAACCAUUACUAGCGGCGAUUCGUCCUCGUCUUCUUCGUCCGAAUCUCCGACCGCUAUCAGCAGUGAUGUCUCGUCCACUGCCGCUCCUACAAGCAGUGAGGCGUCGAGCACUCAAUCGUCAUCGACAGAAUCCAACACUGCCUCGUCUUCCUCGUCGUCUGAGUCUACAACGGUUACCAGCAGUGACGUGUCUUCCACUGUCACUCCUGCGAGCAGCGGUGCAUCGUCCACUGCCAGCCCCGCAAGCAGUGAAGCCUCAACCACUCAAUCAUCCUCAUCUGAUUCUACAACAGCGACCAGCAGUGAUGUAUCAUCCACUGCCACUGCCACCGCCACAAGCAGUGAUACAUCGUCCGCAUCAUCGUCAUCAGAGACCGCAUCUCCCGCAAGGACUGACGCAUCAACAACUUCUUCAUCGUCGUCGACAGAAAGCGCCUCCCCUACGAACAGUGAUGUAUCGACCACCAGCUCCUCGUCAUCCACAGAGAGUCCUACAUCCACGAGCAGUGAUGGGUCAACAACUUCGUCAUCGUCGUCGACAGAGAGCGCCUCCUCCACGCCUACUGACGCAUCUUCGUCUGUCUCCUCGUCAGCUUCAGAGAGCCCUACACCCACGAGCAGUGAUGCAUCGGCAACUCCUUCAUCGUCAUCGACAGCAAUCGCCUCUCCCACGACCAGUGACACAACGACCACCGAGUCUUCGUCGUCUUCAGAGAGCCCCACGCCCACAAGCAGUGAGGCAGCUUUGUCUGACUCUUCUUCGUCGUCGUCUACAACUCCCACACCCACUACUUUCAUCACCAUGACUUCGUCGUCUAGCGCUUCGUCUACCGAGAGCUCGUCCACAGAGUCCCCUACUAGCACCGGUACAGCAGACUCCCCGUCUGAGUGA